AAAAAGCGUCCAUCACCGAUCACCAUUCACCAUUCACCAAUACGGAUACAUAAGCGUUUCCUUCCUUCUCUCUCCUGAAAUCCUGGUUUCAUUUUUUGUUGCAAAGCCUUUUUCGACAAAAAAGUAUUCUGGUCUCCCUCUUUUCCCUCUUCCAAGAACUAUUUGGAUUGGAUUCUUCUUCUUCUUCAUCAUCGUCAUCAGCGCAGAUGAGACCGCUCCAGCCGCCACAGGGUGUGAAUCCGACCACCGAUCGUCCUCGUCGCCGUCCCAAUCUAACUCUUCCUCUUCCGCAGCGGGACAAUACGUCUUUGGCGGUUCCUCUCCCUUUGCCUCCUACCUCCUCCAACGCUGCGCCUCCUUCCACCAGUCAACUUCACAACGGCAACCGCCCGCCGGAUCCUCUUCCUCAGCAGCAUCAGCCUUUUAGCCUUGCGGACUUCGAGAGAGUGAGCCGAAUCGGAAGUGGAUGUGGAGGUACCGUCUACAAAGUGAUUCACCGACCUUCUGGCCGCGUCUAUGCUCUCAAGGUUAUUUAUGGUAACCAUGAGGAUGCGGUUAGGCUCCAGAUGGGCCGAGAGGUCAAGAUCCUUCGCGACGUUGACAAUCCCUAUGUGGUCAAGUGCCAUGAUAUGUUCGAUCAUAACGGGGAAAUCCAGGUUCUCCUUGAGUACAUGGAUCGGGGCUCUUUGGAAGGAACGCAUAUCCCUCAGGAGCACCAUCUCUCUGAUUUGGCUCGCCAGAUUCUUAGUGGCCUCGCCUAUCUCCAUAGCCGCCGCAUCGUCCAUCGCGACAUCAAGCCUUCGAAUCUCCUCAUCAAUUCCCGAAGGCAGGUUAAGAUCGCUGAUUUCGGCGUCGGUCGAAUCUUGGAACAGACUAUGGAUCCUUGCAAUUCCUCGGUUGGAACUAUUGCGUACAUGAGCCCUGAGAGAAUCAAUUCCGAUCUAAAUCAGGGCCAGUACAAUGGCUAUGCUGGGGACAUUUGGAGCUUUGGGGUUAGCAUAUUGGAAUUCUAUCUCGGACGGUUUCCUCUCGCUGUCGAGAGGCCUGGGGAUUGGGCGAGCUUGAUGUGCGCUAUAUGUAUGGCUCAGCCACCGGAGGCGCCGCCAACUGCUUCGUCGGAGUUUCGCCACUUCAUUGCCUGUUGUUUGCAGAGAGAGGCUCGGAGAAGAUGGACUGCAGCUGCAUUACUGGAACAUCCGUUCAUAACGACGAAAAAUGGAGCGAAUCAAUACCAGAAUCAGCCGGCUCAUCACCAGAAUCUUCGUCAACUGUUACCUCCUCCGCCCCUUCAUCCUUCCAGCCUUUCCUGAGAAAGACAGCCUUUAAUAUUUUGUUUCUCCUUUUUUUCUUGAAUUACUCUGUCUUCCUGAGAAGCAUGGCGCCAUUAUUGUCCUGUAAUUUGCCUGGCAUAGCCGAAAGGGAUGGUAAAUUAUUUGCUGUUUAGAUCAGUAAAUCAUAUGUUUUUCACAACAUUUUUCAGAACAAUGCAAAAAUUCUGUAAUCUUUUGCCGGUGGCUGAAAUAUUAAGCUAAGUCAAAUUCGUUUAAGCUUUCCUUAACUCAAUGCUCUUUAGAUUAGAUUGUGGUCUUCUUUUGGAUAUAUAUGACUGUUCUUAUUCGCUUU